UCGAUUUAUUAUAGCCGUAUAUUUAAGAAUUGGCCCGAAACUUUCUCUUACAUUGAACCUUUAUGACUUUUGUGAAAUGCCCCCAAAAAAUGACACGGUUUACGGCUGUGUGGGUUGUGAUUGUGACGCAGCUGUUUGCGGUGUAAGUACCUACCUACUUUGACGGCCCUUAGUCUUGGAUACUUCAUACUUAUUUAAAUUUGAGCAUCAUUUUCAGUUCGUUAUUUUUCAUAAAUACAUGCGGUCGUUUUCAUUAUUGCCGUAAUCAUGAGCAUUUUUUUUCUAAACUUCGGUUAAUCGUAUACGGCCAUGUAUAUGCAGGCGGCCAAGAAGCCCAAGUGCGGCCUGCUGAGCUUCCUGCAAGAGCUGGAGGCGCUGAGCAGCGCCUGCGAGCGCAUCUUCGCGGGCAGCGGGCGGCGCGCCGACGUGGAGCGCUGGUACGUGGCGCUGGCCGGCGCCAUGCUGCAGGCCGUGGCCGGCGCCGCGCACCCGCGCACGCCGCGCGCCGUGCUGCACCUGGAGAACUACCACCGCCUGCACGCCGUGCUGUCCGCGCUGCGCCUGCCCGCGCUCGAGGCGCUGCGCCGCGAGUGUCGCGCGCGCUACUCCGACGCGCUGCGCGCCUACGUCACGCAGUACUUCGGCCGCCCGCUCGAGAAGCUCACGCAGUUCUUCGAGGGCGUGUCGGAGGCGGUGGCGCAGGGCGUGCGCGAGGACGAGGUGUGUUACCGCGCCGCCUUCAGCAAACACGAGCUGCGCCGCGUGCUGGCCAUGUACCCGGCGCACGAGGUCCGCAAGUCCCUGCACCGACUGUACCGGACGGUGGAGAAGCACCUGAGUGAGGAGGGAGGCCUGCUGCAGGUGGUGUGGAGGGCCAUGCAGGAGGAGUUCAUCGCCCAGCAUGUCGCGCUACAGGCCCGUAUAGCGGCGUGCUACCCGGCGGCGGGGCUGACGCUGCCGCUGACGACGCAGCACAUACUGGACGCAUUCUCCGACAUCGCGCGCGAGCACUGACUGCCGCACUGGGCGCGCCUUCGUACUCUGUAUAUCAUUUUACCUAUAUACGGAACCUUUACAAACUAAGUGCAUAUAAUUUUAAUCGAUUCAUUCAGAUUUUUUAUUACGUGUGAAUUGUAUACAAAUUCUUAAAGUCCAGUUCGGUAAAGUAGUAAUCCAAACGCAGUAAUACGCUAGGUCUACGUGUCGUAUUAUAUAAAAUGUGAACAUAUUUUUUGCUCCUGGAUCUUAAUACUAAUGUUCGUAUUUACAUCUGACAAAGAAAAAAAGAUUUCAUAUUGAUACACUGUGCGGAAAUAAUAAUGUAAACUUGCUGUGAUAUUUGUAUAUUAAUGAGUAUCUUGGUUUGCUCGCUGAUGAGACUGAAAACUGAGAUGAGAUAUAAUUAAUUAUAUGUAUACUUAGCGCUCCAUCAGACCAGUUACAGGUGCUCAGUUCAGUCGAGGUCUGUGCACAGGUAUCAAAAAAGUGAUGUCACUACAUUAUAUACUCCUUUGUUAAGUUUCAUAAAUAUGUAUUAUUUAUUUAUUCUUGUAAUAAAAGUGGUCAUGUAUUAAACAAUACAUUCCAA